ACCCUGCGCUGACAGAGACAAAGGCAUAAGAAGGAAGUAAACUAUACAGGGGUAGGAUUUCCCCUGGCACAGACACCACAAACGCUUUCAUAUUUAUUGUCUUUGAAUAGAGGAAGUGAAUACUGAGAGAGGCUGACCAACUUGUCCAAGGUCACCCAGGAGCCUGCAGUGAUCCCAGGGCUCCCUCCUGCCCUCCAUCAGAUGGGCAGCGUUCCGGCCAGGGAGGACGCGUGCUGGCCAGCCCUGAGCGGGUGAGAUCGCUCCAGCCCGCCUCUGCGCCCACUCCCCUGUGCGCCCUGCUGCCAGAAAGGCACCCCCGCCGUCUCUGGCGCCCAGUGGGGGCGGCAGCGGGGACCGCCGGGGCUGGGGGCUUGUUGAGCUCACGGAGUUCGGCUCGGUCGGGGAGAAGGACGAUGCGCGGCGAGCUCAGGUGAUCCGGGGCUGGGGUCCUGCGCCCGCAGCCCCUGGCCCACGCCUCGCGCCCGCCGGCUCCCCAGCGCGGGGGCUGGAGCCCGCACCCGAGGGGGCGGCGGGGAGGGCGCAGGCAGCGGCUGGGAGUGCAGCGGCAGCGGCGGCGGCAGAAGCUCGGCUCCGCGGCUGGGGGUGGCCGCUCGGAUCUGCCAGGGCGCCUCGCUCCCUCGCCUCCGGCAGCGGGACCCUGUGGGCACUGAAAUCCAGCUCACUCAUGCUUAUUUCCUGUAAUGGACAAACUUGAUGCUAAUGUGAGUUCCAAGGAGGGUUUCGGGUCAGUGGAGAAGGUCGUGCUGCUCACGUUUCUCUCGGCGGUUAUCCUGAUGGCCAUCUUGGGGAACUUGCUGGUGAUGGUGGCUGUGUGCUGGGACCGGCAGCUCAGGAAAAUAAAAACCAAUUAUUUCAUUGUAUCUCUUGCUUUUGCGGAUCUGCUGGUUUCGGUGCUGGUGAUGCCCUUUGGUGCCAUUGAGCUGGUUCAAGACAUCUGGAUUUAUGGGGAGAUGUUUUGUCUUGUUCGGACAUCUCUGGACGUUCUGCUCACAACAGCAUCAAUUUUUCACCUCUGCUGCAUUUCCCUGGAUAGGUAUUACGCCAUCUGCUGCCAGCCUUUGGUCUAUAGGAACAAGAUGACCCCUCUGCGCAUCGCACUAAUGCUGGGAGGCUGCUGGGUCAUCCCAACGUUUAUUUCUUUUCUCCCUAUAAUGCAAGGCUGGAAUAACAUUGGCAUAAUUGAUUUGAUAGAAAAGAGGAAGUUCAACCAGAACUCUAACUCUACGUACUGUAUCUUCAUGGUCAACAAGCCCUACGCCAUUACCUGCUCUGUGGUGGCGUUCUACAUCCCAUUUCUUCUCAUGGUGCUGGCCUAUUACCGCAUCUAUGUCACAGCUAAGGAGCAUGCCCACCAGAUCCAGAUGUUACAACGGGCAGGAGCCUCCUCCGAGGGCAGGCCUCAGUCGGCAGACCAGCAUAGCACUCACCGCAUGAGGACAGAGACCAAAGCAGCCAAGACCCUGUGCAUCAUCAUGGGUUGCUUCUGCCUCUGCUGGGCGCCAUUCUUUGUUACCAAUAUUGUGGAUCCUUUCAUAGACUACACUGUCCCUGGGCAGGUGUGGACCGCUUUCCUCUGGCUCGGCUAUAUCAAUUCCGGGUUGAACCCUUUUCUCUACGCCUUCUUGAAUAAGUCUUUUAGGCGUGCCUUUCUCAUCAUCCUCUGCUGUGAUGGUGAGCGCUACCGAAGACCUUCCAUUCUGGGCCAGACUGUCCCUUGUUCAACCACAACCAUUAACGGAUCCACACAUGUGCUAAGUGGCUGUUCCCCUGUCUCCAGCUUCCUCCUGCUCUUCUGCAAUAGACCAGUUCCUGUCUAACUCUGAAAGUGCUCUGUACACAGUUCUGCACAGUGGACAUCAUCAGGAACUCGAGAAACUGCCCAUACAUAAUGACCCAGAAUCCCUGGAAUCAUGCUUCUGAUUGAGGACAUGGCUCACAACUUAGCCAUUCAUUCCCAUUCAUGUUUGCAUGAACAGGUCACCCUGGCAUCCCUCCUGAUCCUCAUCACCACCAGUGAGGCACAAGGCAGUAGGGGCUGAGGGCCCAUGGCAGGUACACAGAGGAUGGUGUUGGGUGGGACCUAAGGCCAGAGCAUCAAGGAUCUCAUCAAGGAUCUCAAAGUCGUGAAGGAGCUUCAGGCAUCUUCAGAUUCACCCACCGACCCAAAGCGGGAGUAGCAUCUUCUACUGCAUCCCUGAAAGUUGGUCAAUCUCUGCUUAUACACCUCCAGGGACAGGAGCUCACUGGCUUCUAAUUCAGGCCCUUUUAUUUUGGAGAAGCUUUAAUUAUAAGGAAUCUCUUUUCUUUCUUGGAACACAAACCUUUUGCUACUCCAGCUUCCAUCUGGGGCCAUGCAGUUAACCCCCACUUUCCCCUGAGAGCCCUUAAAUACUGGAAGAGAGUAAUCUGUCACCAUGCCUUUCAGUCUUUUCUAUAAACUGAACAUCUCCAGUUUCCUUUCCAUUCUGGCCAUCUUGUUCUGGACAUGCUUUGGUGGAUGAAUUAAUCAUGGCUCUUCUAAUAAAGUUAGGCUGAUAUCAAUGCCAAGAUGUCCAUCUAGAAGCAUUGACAUAGUAACAAGUGAAAUGUCAAGAUUUUUGGCCUAUAGCCACGAAUAUUUUCCUUUUUUCCCCCCUUGGGAAUGUAUUUUGGAGAUUAUACUGAGGUUUUAGCUUCACAGCCAUUACUAAAAGGCAUCUUUGCAGCUUGUCUGAUAUGUGUGUCUUCAUGCACACAUGUGUGUUUAAAUUUGACAUUUUCCUAUUGGCAUAUUGGUGUUGAGGUCAUUAGGAAUUCACUUUAUUUCUAUGGCAAUGGGAAAGGAUUUUACUUCGUUACUGAGAAUGUUGAUUGAAAAUGGCCUUAUAACCCAGAGUCUGGGAGGGAAACUGACUGUUGUUCACCCUUCAACAUCUCGCCCUUUUGAAAUACCUAUGGAGAUGCUUCUUUUUCUCAGUCAAAGUGAUCACCAUCUUACUUCAUCUUGGGGUAAAUGAUAUACUCAGCUUGAGGGUCUGAUGGCAGAUUUUUAAAGCUGUCUUUCUUUUGGCUGCUGAGCUGAUUUUUAAAAACCCUAUUGAAAACAUUUACUACUGGUCCUCCUUUAGUGAGACAAAGGUAAUAGGGCAUGUGGGUGAUGUUGGGGUUCAUAUGUAAUAUGUUUCUGAUUGAGGACGUGCCAGGAAUUUAACAGCAAGAUAAAUAUGUUCCAGGAGUUUAUACCUCACAAGUUCUCUUUGCCCUCCUACUUGGUCUAUUGAUCCUUCUUCUUCUUAACUGAUGUCAGAUGCCAUGAUGGCCUCCUUAACCCUCAUUUCUUCCAUGAAGGUAGAACCCAUUAGCCAGCCCUCUCUCUUCUUUCUGUGCCCAGAUAUGGUGAGAAGGGAUGGUCAGACACCACAGAGGACUAGGGUGAUCAUCCUUCUGGUUUUAGCAUUCAAGUCCCUCAUCCCAGGAAACUCCAGGGUCCUGGGCAAACUAAAGAAUGUUGGUCACCACACUGGUGGGACCUCCCUGUGUUGAGGAUUAAUACACCUCCCUCCUCAGAGUAGAUUCUCUUUCUUCUCUUUUUCAUGGAAAAGGCAAAGAUUAGUGAAUUUGGAAGUUCAUAGUUCUCCUUUCUAAAAAGGGUCUCUCUUCUCCUCCAACCAUAAAGCAUUUCUUAGGAAAGGACUAAAACAAGGAUAAUAAGAAUACUACUGAUAAUAGUGCUUUGAGGCUGCUGGUAAACUUUUGUUUAAUGCUGCCAAUGUUGACAGGAUCUACUACUUAAUACAUACAUGCCUACACAUAUACAUAACUACAGGAUUUCUUCCUUAGGAAAUGCUUCUCUUCCCAGGAGCUUAGUAAGCAUAUCUGCUUAUGUAAAACAUUAUUUAUCAGUGGCAGGUCUUCCAUAUUAAAUGGCAACUUGGAUUCAAUAGAGACACAAAGAUUACAACGUAGGGAGGAAUAUGAGAUUUUACUAUAUCACAGAACCCUUUUUAACUCUCUAGAUGUCCAUCUGUGAGCCUGCCCAUGGUUGGUGUCUGUAGAGGUCACAGGCACCCUGGAUCAGGGAAAAGACAGCAAUUGCAAAAAUAGUGCCUCUUGUCAUUGUCAAGAAAGGGGUCUCCUUUGCAGAGGAGAGCCCCACAAGCUUGCUUUGUUACCACUUGGGACUAGGGCUGGGAUGCUGUGAAUGAUUCAUCAAAUGCCAACGUUGGUGAUUUACAGGACUAGGCCAGACUUGUUCUGUGUGAGCAGCUGCUAGCCUUGCCUAGAAAUCCAGGUAAUAUAGUGUAUGUAUAAAAGACUCAGAAGGAGAAGACAUAUCGCUUGUCCAAGGAAAGAGGAGGUCUAUACCUUGCCGUCUUCUCUAAGAAGGGCACCCUCUUCCAGGAAGCCUGUCAUGUCAAGAAGAGAAGCAUCUGGGAAAGAGGAUGAUGUGCUGCAGACACAUCUGCAAGAUUGGCCUUGAUAAUUAUUGGGGAUGAUAAAUGCUACAAACAGACUGUCCCCAUGUCUAGGAGAAAGGCAGUUCACAGUGCUUCCUUUCCACUUGACUCUCCAGGCUACAAGACCCUCCCGCUCUGAAACGAGAGAGGGAUGCACCAUUCCAGCCGUCACCAUUAGCAGCUAGAAAGCAAAUAAAAACCAGCUUCUUCAACUGAUACCCAAGUGUGUGCUUGUAGAAAAACCUUUUCCUUCUGAGACCCCACCUUUUGGUCUUGACAACUGUUCCACCUUAUGCUGCUAACUUGCUCUGUCCUGAUGCAAAUUGCCAUCUAGCUGGGGACUGCAUGGUGGGCAGGGGGUGGAUGAGGGAGGGGAACUGUGGAGGGCUGGGGAGUGGAUAUAACUACAUUGCCUUCAAUAUUGUCUUCAAGCAAGAACAACAAUAAUGUCUUCUUGGUGCUGUGCUGUCUACCCAUUUAUCUCUUUGUUGUUGGAUCUCUCUUUGGUGAGAAAUCAUUGUCACUUCUUUUUCUCUAUUCACUUUGCUGAGGUCAAAAUCCUGUAACACCUAGUCAAGAAGGAAACAAAGACUACUGCAUUUACCUCUUCUGGCCAAAAUUUGUAAUCUCUUUUCCAUCUAAUUUAGAAAACUGAGGCUGAAUACUUGGCUUGAAUUCAAACAAUUCAGGAAUGGAUUUGAUGUCCCAAGUAUGAACAACAUGUUGCUUUGGGCCUUUCCCAACACUUAGCUUCACUUGUCUCAUCUACAAGAUAGAGAUCAUUUCUGAGUUUGUAGGAUUGUUGAGUGCUCCAACAUGGGUCAUUCAAGGGCCACUGUUAGGAUUUUUACCAAAUAUGUGUUCUGCCUAUUUUGUUACCUACUUAACAUCUUUAUCUAAGUCCAUUCAAGUUUUCACUUACAUAAAUUUAUUUUAGAAGAAAACAUUAUGUUAGUACUCAAAAUAGAAAACAAGGCUAUUGACUAGUUGCCAGUGCUCAGCGUGCAUUCUCUGUUUCUGUGUUUAAAAGGGAAGCGAGUAUUGGAGAGUUGUUAGAAACACCCUACAUGGGGCUCUUUCAGAGUUGGAAGGGUCAAAAGAUAAUUUAUAAAAGAUGAGCUUCCAAACAUUAGGAGUCAUUGUGAUUUGGCUACGAGCUGCAUUCUACAUUUUUGGAAACAUGCAGAGAAGGGAUAAGAAACUGCAUAUAUUUUUAACUACUGUUAUAGUGGAUUCAGAUUAGGUUUCUCCUGUACCUUUUCUUUCAGCUGCCCCAGACCUAUAUCUUUGUUGUUAAUAAUAAUAAAAUAGCAGUAAUAAGAGUAACUGACAUUUAUGAGUUUCUUUCUGCUAGGCAUUGUGGUCAUUGCUUUACAUGGAUUAUCUCAUUUAAUCCUUAUAAAAUUCUUACAAAAUUGUAUGAAAAUUACCCCCACUUUACAGCUGAGCAAACAUCAGCUGAGACAUCUGGUAACUAGCCCAAGGCAGCAGACCCGGGAAGUGUGGAUUUGAAAUGCAAACCCAGGCAGUCUUAUUCUAAAUAAGGUCCACAGUUCUAAGCAUGUGCUACUGUGUUUAUUAUGGGGAUGUAUGCAUUCCACCUUCACCUGUUAGACACUGUGCUAGGAGAGAGCAAUGAACAAGGUUGCUUAAAGAAUUUUCCUUUCCACAUCAGCCUGGGACCCGAAAAAGGACUCUGGACAUGCCUAUUCCAGUGUGAACUCUGCCACUAAAUUUCUUUCAUGUUUUCUUUUCUCUUGCUUCCACUCCCUGAGCCUCAACUUCCAUCUUUAAACAAUGGAAGAUUCUGGUAAAUGAUCAGCAGGAAAGGCCCUUCUGCACUGAUCUUUUAGUCUUUCUAGUGUUCGCAACCUGGGAUUACUGAAUAACCAACAAUAGACUG